GACAAAAACACUGGACACGGCACUACACGCCAAAAUAAAUAGACAUACAAAACGACUAAACGCUAAACAGACGGUGCAGGACAGACAGACGAACAAACACGACAGUGCUGGGUAGCUGAAAGAGAAGGGGGCAAUGACCGAAGAGGUGUUCUACUCAGAUAUCAUAUUCUCCAAAACCCCAGGAGAGGGGGGGACAGUAACCAGCACCACUCCAGCACACAGAGCAGUCCAGCCCAGUUCUCGUUCAAGUGUCAUCUUUGCUCUGGGAGCUGCAGUGUGUGUCUUACUGGUGGUAAUCAUCGGCAUGGGGAUAGCAAUUAUACAGAUACAAGCAUCCCAGUCUGAGGAUGAAAAGAAUGCUAUUGGGUCAACAACUGUAAAACCUUCAGAGCGGAGGAAUGACCUCAGAAAAGACUUUUGCUGGGAUCCAGAAUCUGAAAAUGAAGAUGAUCCAUGUGAAAUCUGUCCAAAGGGCUGGAUGUGGAGGUACAAGGGAAGCUGUUAUAACAUUUCCAAGGAAAAAAAUUCCUGGGACUCAAGUUGUAAUGCCUGUCCCAACAAAGGAGAUCACCUUGUUGUUAUUGAGAACAACACAGAGUUGGAAUUCCUACGUUCGAAGAUUACAGGUAAUACAUUUUACUGGAUUGGGCUGAAAGGCAAAUUGAGCCUGGGAGAAUGGCGCUGGGUGGAUAACACAACUUUCAAAGAAACUCUGUUCCUUUUUGACAAUACAAACCAUAAAGGUCUUGAUUGUGUCAGUGUUUCCAAACAAAAGGUACUUGCAGACAAUUGUACAACACAGAGACCUUGGAUCUGUGAAAGGAGAGCUGUCACAUUAAAUUGAAUCACAUGACAAAAUGCAAGGAUGUUGAACCCAUUAAUAUUGGGAGAGCUGCAAGGGGACAGGAUACAUGAUAUCCCAAAAACAUACCUUACCUUGAGUGGAACUGACAAUCUAAAGUCACAAAAGCUUGAUAAUAGUGUGAGACACUUGGAAAAGACACAUACGGAAACAAACCAUAUUGUGAUAUGCAGGACACUUUUGAUAUACAGGGAUGUCACAAAGGUUCCCAUUGUCAACACAGUAGCCAGACUGAUUCGUCUGAAGUCACCCAGCUUUUUUUUUUUUAAUAUUAAAUCCAUAAACUAAAUAAGGACAGCCAAAAACACUUGUCACAUAAUAGUUAGAACUAAUGAAUGCAUUGAGUGUACUUGGAGGUAACCACCCCACUCACUAGAAAAAAGCUUUUGAAAAUGUUUGACUUUUGAUGGUUAUCUCCUCAUACAAUUGAUAUGUCCUGUAGUUAUCUCUUACAUCUAGAUUAUUUUAUGAAUGUUAUUGUUUGUUAGAAUUAAACAAAUGUAGAAUAUUACAUUGCUAUUAAUGUGUUUUUUUUAUUCUGAAUACAGAAAAAAUGAUGGUACUCUGUUGUGUACUGCACAGCUAAGGUGGUACUGUAUAUUGCUGCUCACUGCUUGAGUUAAGUUGCAUCUUCAAGUGUUCAUAAACACAUAUAUUAAAAUGCAAUUUGGAUGACAUAUGUGUAGUCUGUUUUUGCUAACAAAUUGAAGGUUUUUUUUUAUAACUUUUCUAGUGUGUUAAAGUAGAAUGACUGAUAAAACUAACUGUUUUUAUUUAUGUUUGAAUAUUUUUCCCCAUCAAUAUUAUUACUUACCCUGUUGUUUCAUCCUAAUAUGAAUCAUGAGGGACGUCUGUUUGAGCCAGUUUGUCAAGGGACAGAGAAGUGUAAUGUGAAGAGACAUGUGAUUAAUGAGAUGAGAUCUCUAUGUUUGAGAGUUCCCUUCCAAGGUAAAAUGAAUAAUUUAUUGGGCCAUCUUUGAGAUUGUUAUUACUGCAAAAUGUUUACUCGAAAAAAGAAUGAUUGUGGGAAGAACCAUAUACUCUCCCUAUUCUGAAGGAAAUGCAAACAAUUGUAUGUAUAAAACUCCAGGCUAGUAUUUAUUAAAUGUAUCUAGUAAGUCUCUGCAAAUACACUACAAUGUGCAAAGCUAAGUGUAGCGGUAUGCCAGCAUAGACAGAACAGGUUAGAUAAAUAUUAUAAAGAGCCUGGAAUUAGCCGUCCUACUUAUACUGUACCAAAUAUAUUUAACUUUAAUAGGUUUAUUGGUUUGUCCAACUUGAGGAACAGUACUUUCAAGCAAGUGAAUUAGCAAUAUGGAAUAAAGCCAAUACAAAAUCUAUAAUUAAAGACAUAUUUAGUCGCCAAUGCUUUUUUAAGAUUGUACAGGGCUUUGGGUGAUUCUCAUCAAAAACUCUAUAGCAACUUUCUGUACUUUUUUGUAUUGUUUACUAAAUAAAUAAAUCCCACCGUUGACAUAUGA